CGGAGCCGGCGUCGUGCCGCUGCUGUUGCAGAGCGACUGCGGAGGAUCAGCACGGUCGGUGCGACGUGAGACCGCUUAAUCCCCCACUGCCACCCAGUAUAACCUUGCAGCCCGAGCCCGGGAGGAUGGCGGAGAGCGAGGCAGAGACGCCCAGUACUCCGGGCGAGUUCGACAGCAAGUACUUCGAAUACAAUGGUGUGCGGCUGCCUCCGUUCUGCAGGGGAAAGAUGGAGGAGAUAGCCAACUUCCCGGUCAGGAAAAACGAUAUCUGGAUCGUCACUUAUCCCAAAUCCGGGACCAGCCUUCUCCAGGAACUGGUAUAUUUGGUGAACCAGGAUGCAGAUCCAGAUGAGAUUGGAAUAAUGAACAUUGAUGAACAGUUACCAGUCCUAGAAUAUCCUCAGCCUGGUCUCGAUAUAAUUAAGGAACUGACAUCCCCUCGCCUCAUUAAGAGUCACCUGCCAUACCGUUUCCUACCUACAGAUUUACACAAUGGACAGUCAAAGGUUAUAUGCAUGGCCAGGAAUCCCAAAGACUUGGUGGUGUCAUAUUAUCAGUUUCAUCGUUCUUUACGGACUAUGAGCUACAGAGGGACUUUUCAGGAAUUCUGUCGGCGGUUUAUGAAUGAUAAGUUGGGUUAUGGUUCAUGGUUUGAACAUGUUCAGGAGUUUUGGGAACAUCGCAUGGACUCCAAUGUCCUCUUCCUGCUUUAUGAAGAUUUACAUAAGAAUCUUGCAGGUACUGUGGAACUCUUGGUCCGGUUCCUUGGAGUAUCAUAUGAUAAAACUCAGAUGGAGGCUAUAAUUGAGCAUUGCCAGCAGCUUGUGGACCAGUGCUGUAAUGCAGAAGCCCUUCCCAUUGGGAGAGUGUUUCGACUCAUUGAACUGAAGACCUAGUAUAAUUGAUGAGAAGGUAGACUAGACCUUUUCCCAUUGGGGUUCUCUUUUCAUCUAAACCCUCAGGCAGGUGUAAUGUAGCAAGGUCGAGUUGGCCUAUGGAAGGAUAUCUUCACUGUAUCAAUGAAUGAGAAAUUUGAUGCCGUUUACAAACAGAAGAUGGGAAAAUCUGAUCUUAAGUUUGACUUUAGCCUUUAAGGAAGCAACAUGCAUGCGCUUCAGUAUUCUCAACAUUAGAAAUGCAUCUCUGCAUUUGUUUAUCAUUCACUGGCUAAUCUUCGCUGUUAUGUGUAUUAUGACAGCUUUUAGUGAAAGAUAUUGGGUAUUCUCUAUCUAUAGUAACAGUUCCCUCACUUGUUGCAGCUUUGACUUGUAUGUUACCUUUUGGCAGAAUUGGAAGAUACAUAGUCUAAGAAAGCAACUUAAUUAUAAACUGUAGUAAUUUUGAUGGAAAGGACAGUUACUCUGUACUCCUAAAUAACUAUUUAAAAAUAUGCAAACUGAUACUUGCACUCCCAUAAACUCAAUUAUGCACACACAAACAAAACCAAAAUUAUAAGGAAAAUUACUGCUGCAAAAUAGAUGUUAUUUAUUUUCUGUAAUUUUUAAUUGCAUAUUCCAGGUUAAUUGCUUAUGAUAGCAUCAAUGUAGUGUCCACGUCUGAAUUAAACUGAUUAAAAUUAUUUAGUUAGUGUUGAUGCCAUUUCAUUUAGAUCUACAAAGAAGGGGGUGAAAAGAGAUAAAUCUUCUAUUUCUUUUGAUAUUUUAAAGAAAGCUGAAGCAUUUCUAAUUCAUUUAAGCAACAUUGUGAAACAGUGGUUAAUGAAUACCCGGUCCAUUGACACCAUGUUGGCACAUGGAUUCUCAGGAUUAGUAAGUUUGAGGUUCUAGUGGUCUGUAAUUACAUAAUGUUUAAAUAAGCUGCAUUCUACAAAUACAGCUUGUAGAAGCAACAGCAUGAGGAGACAAAAUGGGAAAGAAAUCUGUUACCUACACUCACUGCUUGUACUCGUGAAUAUUGUCAUUUCAUCUUUAAUCAUGGUAAAGUUUGCAAUAAAAUCUCCAUUCCAGAAUAAUCUCCUUAAACAUAGAAAAUAUUUUGUGAUUGACAUUGUGUUAUUUUCAAAACAAACAGUUUGCAAUGUUAACAAAUCC